CAGUCGCCAGCUGUUUUGGAAGACUUCGCGUUCCCGUAUUUCUCGCCUGUGUUGCAUUAUCAUUCUCUGUGGUUGCAUGAUCUUGAAUCCUUCUUGUUUCGAAGAACUUGUUUCUCCAUUACUCAAAACAGAUAACUUGACUACAUAUAUUUUGUACUUCAUAAAAACAGAUCCAAAACACACAAGCUUGCAAUAUGUGGAAAGCAGUAAUUCUGAUUGGUGGGCCGGACAAAGGAACUCGUUUUCGACCUUUGUCUCUCAACCAACCAAAACCUUUGUUUCCAGUCGCUGGCGUUCCGAUGAUUCAACACCACAUUGAGGCCUGUGUCGCAGUCCCAAAUCUACAGGAAAUUAUCCUGAUUGGAUUUUUUCCAGAAGAUGAAAAUCUAAAGAACUUUAUAAAUCAUUGUCGUAAAGAGUUCAAUAUCAGUAUACGUUAUCUGAGAGAAUUUUCACAAAUGGGAACUGGGGGUGGAUUGUAUCAUUUUAGGGAUCAAAUCAUGGCGGGAAAUCCAUCUGGCAUUUUUGUUAUGAAUUCGGACGUUUGUUGUAAUUUUCCGUUAUCAGAAAUGCUCCAAUUUCAUUUGAAAUAUGCGUCACCGUCAAACGGCUCGACGAUUUUAGCAACUAACGUCCCUUCAAAGGAAUCAAUGUUUUAUGGAUGCUUGGUUGAAAAUGAGGAAACGAAAGAAGUUACACAUUAUGUUGAAAAACCAGAAUCAUUUGUGAGUCCUUUAAUAAACUGUGGAGUGUAUCUCUUUUCAACAAAAAUAUUCGGGAUGCUUGCUGAAGCCGUUUUACGAAAUCAAGAAGAAAUGUACGCUCAAGGAGUAUUUUCAGAUUCCCUCUCACUCAGCCUUGAACAAGACAUCAUCAUGCCGUUGACCGACUUAGGGUCGCUUUAUGCAUACCAAACAACUUCAAUGUGGAGCCAAAUAAAGUCUGCUGCAUCCGCAGUGUAUGCCAACAAGCUGUAUCUGUCAUUAUAUCAUGAAACCCAUCCUCAUCGGCUCGCAAAAAGUGAGGAAGGAGGCCCGAUGAUUAUCGGGGAUGUUUUCAUUCACCCUUCGGCUAAAAUUGACCCCACUGCACUUCUGGGCCCCAAUGUCACAAUCUGUGCUGAUGUACGCAUCAGUGCUGGGGUCAGAGUUCGAAAUUCUAUCAUUCUUAAUGAGGUGAAUUUGUCAAAUCAUAGCUGUGUGCUAAACAGCAUCAUUGGUUGGAAAUCUACAAUAGGGGAAUGGACCAGAGUUGAAGGCACAGCACAACAACCAGACCCAAAUGCUCCUUUUGCAAAAAUAGUCAGUGGUAGUCUCUUCGACCAUGAAGGAAAACUAAGCCCUUCCAUAACUGUCCUGGGGGGUAACGUGAAUGUUGAAUCAGAAAUUGUAGUUUUAAAUGCAAUUGUACUUCCAGGAAAGGAUUUGAAAUCAUGCACAAAGAAUCAAAUUAUCUUAUAAGACAUUCAUAGAUUAUCUAUGAGAACUCGGAAUGAUUUAUUGUUCUUGAAGCCAAGUUUAUUUUUCUGUGCACAUAUCACAUAGUUUUAUUACCUACCUGUAUAUGUAGUUAUAUAUUCUUUAGCAAUUGUAAAAAAAAAUAAUGAAAUAUAUUUCCUUAGAAUUCUCCCCAAUCAUACAGAACUAUGUAUUUAUAGUAAAAUUUAAAAUUGUAUUAUUUUUUUCAAGCCCAUAUUUUGAUACUGAAGAACUUAUUAUUUCGUAUUUACAAACCCUUCAUAAAAUCUCCAACAGUCCCUUGGGCAAGGUUUUUGUACCAGGGGCCAAAGAUUUUGCCCACUUAGACUGACGGGCCAUGUAAGCGUGACAUGAAAAUUUACAUUUUAUAGACAAUAUUCGUAGUGUCACAAAAGCAAAAGUCUGAAACAAUGAGCCUCGUGCCAAAACUAAAUUAUAUUGCAAUCUUAUCAAAUUCCUUGAGCUAUUUUUUAGCUAGAACAUUAAAAUUUGGUUUUAGUUAUGGCAGCAUCAGACGAGCAAGAUUGAAUUACGUAACGAGCCAGAUUUGCCCUACAGGCCGUUGGUUGCUUUUGUCUGCUCCAGACUGAUACUAAAUAUUAUAUAUGCUCUCUCAUUGCAAUGUGUGUUCCUGAGUAUUGUGGUCAAAUAUUAUUGGUUCGGUUGGCAUAUCGUUUGUCGUCAUAUCAUAUGUUUUGUGUUCACCGUAUGACUUCAGUUUCGUAUUGCUUACGUCAAAUUAUUAUUUUAGCCAUAUUUUAUUUUUUGUGGCCUUGCUUGCUUUGCACCUUAUGACUUCAGUUUUAUAACACUUGGUUCACUGUUCCUCAUUUCCAAAUUAUAUCUUCAGAACUUUCGUGUAGCCCUUA